AUGUCGGUCGAGCCCAGCGCCUUCAAAGGACGCCUCACGCCAGACUCAGAUGCAGAGUGUCAGUCCACCAGCAUAUCCAUCAAGUUUCACGUACACAUCGAGAAGAGUCACGAUGAACCAUUACGUGGGCCAGCGCUGCACACUCCUGCGCAGAGGCUCGACUGCAGUAGGAUAGUGCCCUCGCGCGUUAGCAUCGCAAAACAUGUUCGGGUACGGUACUCGGCGCUGCACGGUGCCCGGGACUUGGAGGCUGGCAUGUAG